GCAACUAGAAACACAUGUUGAGAACACUACGGAAUUGAACUGAUAACACUCGUAAUAAUUAGAAGACGCAACACAUAUAAGUAUAUAUAUUUAUAUAUUAAUAUACCCCAUCAUCGUCACUCUCCAAGGACACUCGAGAAAUUGUUGAGAAUAUUUCUGGAAAUGCUUCAAACUGUUGUUGCGAUCGUCCCUUUGGUGUUCUUCAUCUGGUUUGUGGCACCUGCUCUAUCCGUAUCCAGUACAUGGGGCAACAUUUCGAAUUCGGCCCAAUUGUUGCACGCUGAGAACGUUGCUCAGGGCUCCUCGCCAGAGAAAUAUGUGGAAGAUGAAAUCAAAUAUCCAACAAAUGGUAUCGGUAAUGGGCGCAUCAUUACGGGAAUCCGAGCGUUCGACCAGGUGACAAACAACACGGGAGGCCAUGCUACGAUUUAUUCUGGAGGGCCUGGUUUUAACUUUGUCCACAUCAAGCUACAAUCGCAGUAUAAUUACGGACUAAUAUUUCGUGUUGAAAUUUAUGGAAAAUAAAUAAAUAAGGCCAAGUGUUGUUUCACUUGAA